UGUCUCUUGUAUUCGUAAGCGCCAUGGAUUUUGCCGAGUUCUAGCUGCAACCUCUGCAGUCCAAUCGUGCACGGUGACUGCUUCCAAGCACCAGUGAUGAUGAACACGAGCUGUGGACGCCGUACAGAGUCCCUGGCCCCGGGAGAACCCUCGCCGGCGCUCAGCGAGACAAUGAUCAGGUCACAAGGUAAUCGUCGUUGCUCCCCAUAUUCCUCACCUAUCUUGUAUUUGUUUCCUUAUGGCUGCCCAAAUCCGAGCCAUCUUCAUUGGGUACAGAGAAUAAUGACCUCCUCUGUCAUAAACCUCUACGACAUUCCAGGGCAGCCGCCGCCCUUGUCAAUCGAGAAAUGAAAAAUUACGAAUAUCCUCGGGUUAACCCACCCUCACUGCAGCCACCUCAACCGUCCUCGGAUCGCAGGUAUUCAUGGAUGGAGACACCGGCAGAUGUAAAGAAUCGCACGUGGACAAAUCCUACAAGAGAAGAACAAGGGACAUCGUCACCACCACAAGUAUCGGAACACCAGGUGCAGAAUACGGAACGUGGCAAUGCUGCAUCAGCACAUCCAUAUCAGAUGCAGGAUCCCAGGGUAGUACAGCAGAUGUACGUCGAGGAACCGCGGUAUCAGACUGCAUAUAGCACGCAGCAGGCAGCUUCACAGCUACCAAGCUCUGUACCCCCAUCAACUCAAAUUCAGGAACAACCUUCCACAACUCCUCAGCCACCGGAUCCUGUCAAACAAGCUCCAGACCAAGUGAAAAAGUUGACAGCACCGAUUGAGCCGGACGUCAACCCUUUGACACCCACCACUCCCAAGGUGGCCCAACGAGCAAGCACCAAUAUGGCCAUCGUUCCUCCCCCUUCCGAUCCUGCUCAAUUUUCAGUCGGCAUAUAUACUCCUAGUCCACAAUCAAUACGGGGUGGUUCAUGGCAACACGGCCUUUGUUCCUGCGCAGAGCCUUCCACGUGUUUGACUGGGCUUUUCUGUCCUUGCAUCGUUUAUGGACGCACGCAGUAUCGGCUGGGUUUGCGAGGAGAACGGAAAGACCCAACCAAUAUGCUCGGCUACACUGCUGUUAAUGGAUCAUGUAUAGCGUUCGCAAUCCUGUGUGGCAUCAAUGGUGUUCUGAGCGCCAUUCAACAUACACGCAUACGCAAGACCUACAACAUGAGCUCUGAGGCAGGCAAUGUUCCCGGUGAUUGCGUCAAAGGGUUUUGUUGCUGUUGCUGUGUUGUUGCUCAGGAUGAGAAAGAGGUUCGAUACCGCGAGGAGCAGGCAAGAAAACCUGGGGUCUCUACAAAUCAAGAAGGGUAUGUUGCACCUACUGGCAUGAACUUUAGCCCACCUCCAAGGUAAGUAAGCCUCGAGCAUUUGCACGGCCAUAGUAAGAUGGGCGACGUGUAUGUGUUGGCAGCAGAUGAACCCGACACCGUUCCGAAGAAGUCCGCCACGGUGCAAUCAAUGCAACGUUGUUCGCAGCGAUAUCGAUAUGCGAUUGGACAUGCCUGGAGCGACGUUCAGCCACCGAGGUUUCAGGGUCGAGACGGGCCGCGUCUCUAUGACUGACUUCAAA